UUUGACUGAAAAAGUGGGGGAGUUUCUUUGUUGAUCUGUCAGUAAGUGUCAAAAGCUGUUGCCAAAACAAAUCAGCUGAUAAUUUUGAAAAGGGGUUCUGCUAUCAGCGUUGACUCUUGACGCCUCGCGAUAAGAGUGUUCUGGUUGUAUUCGCGUAUCGGGCACUAAAAAUAAACGGGCUCAGACGUCUUCCGCGUUUCCAUUGUAAAUACAUUAUAACAUCUACUUGCUUAUGAGUCAUUCAGACACAGAGCAGUAGUACACUUGCCAUUGUUAUCUUUUAUCACAUUCCAAUUAGUGUUACAUCAAUUGGUGCUUUGUCUUACCGCUUCCCGCUCUUACUCCUUUGUAUUUUAAUUCAUAUUAGGCAGCAGUUCAAGUGAUCUUAUAAUGCAAACAGAUGAUGAUUGUGAUAUUAACACCUGCCCUAUUGACUAUGAUAAGCAGCAGGAUGAUGUUGAAGAAGAGGAGGAUGAAGAUGAGUUGACCAGGAUCAUUCCACCUGAGGUUGACGAUACCAGGGAUUGCAUGAAGUCGAGGCACAUCCUAGGCAUACUUGGAUUUCUGGGUUUCGCCAAUGUCUAUGCGAUGAGGGUGAAUUUGUCCGUUGCCAUUGUCGCGAUGGUCAACUACGUGGAGCCGGCUAUAAACAACACCUACGACCAUUGUCCAUAUCCCAAUAAGACAAUUCCUGUGAAGGUUUUCGCGCAACCUGCGGAGUUCGACUGGGAUGAGAAGACGCAAGGAAUAGUUCUUGGGUCGUUCUUCUAUGGGUACGUCCUUACCCAGUUGCCUGGUGGAAGAUUCGCAGAGCUGUUCGGAGGCAAAAAGAUUUUUGGUAUCGGAGUUCUUGUGACCGCAAUCUUCACGUUACUCAGUCCGAUCGCUGCACGCACGAAUUUCUCCCUGUUUAUAUUGGUCAGGGUGUUAGAAGGAAUGGGAGAGGGAGUCACUUUUCCAGCUAUGCACGCAAUGCUUGCCAGAUGGAUUCCUCCUUUGGAGAGGAGCAAAUUUGCGGCCUACGUUUACGCAGGUGCUAAUUUCGGGACAGUCGUAUCGUUGCCUCUAUCCGGUUACUUGUGUGCUCUGAACAAUGGAUGGCCGUUGGCCUUUUAUAUUUUCGGUAUCUUCGGUUUAGUUUGGUUUGUUUUCUGGCAAAUCUUUAUCUAUGACUCACCGUCCGUCCAUCCGCGAAUCUGCAGACAAGAGCAGACGUUUAUCAUCGCCAGCAUUGGGCCACAGGAUGAUGAUGAAAGGUCGUCCAUCCCUUGGCGGAAGAUGGCAACAUGUUUGCCGUUGUGGGCCAUCCUGGUCACCCAGUGCGGACAAUCUUGGGCUUUUUACACCCAAUUGACGGAGAUGCCUACGUAUAUGGCCCAAAUUUUACAUUUCGAUAUAGAACAGAAUGCCGCACUUUCCGCCAUCCCAUACCUGACGAGCUGGGUGGUGGGAAUAUUUGCCAGUAUACUCGCCGAUUGGCUAUUGAGUAAAGGAUACCUCUCGCUCUCAACUUCAUACAAAUUAUUCAAUUCCAUAAGUUCAAUAAUCCCAUCGUUGGGAUUACUGGGUGUUGCCUGGUUGAAAUGCGACCGCAUUGGUGUGCAACUUAUGCUGGCCAUUCCUGGAGCAUUUGCGGGAGCUGUGUACGCGGGCAACCAGAUGAAUCACAUAGCACUAAGCCCGAAAUUCGCUGGCACUAUGUACGGUAUCACAAAUGCUGCCGCCAAUAUGUGCGGAUUCCUUGCCCCAUACGUAACCAGUUUAAUUAUACAAGGACAGGAGAACCUUGGACAGUGGAGUAUGGUCUUCUACCUGGCUGCAGGUAUCAACAUGGGCACGAACCUGUUUUACGUUGCAUUCGCCAGUGCCAGGGAGCAGCCAUGGUCACGUUCCCAUAGGAUCCAAAGUCACAAUUGACACGUCCUGUAUCUAGCCCUGCUAGUGGACACCUAAUUUAGAUGCAUUGUAAAUACGUAUUUAUCUUUGGUUCUAUAGGCAAAUAUCAAAUAUUCGGGCGAAGAAAUGCUAGACAUUUCAACUCGUCCCACCUCUAAUCCACUACCAUAGGGCAUUCUAUGGAUUUGAGUACAUCAGGUGAUAGUAGGUUAUCAUAACGAUGGGGAUCCGCUAUAGAGUUGAUUUUCAGGUUUUAUUAGAUUAGAUCACAUAUUAUUUCAGCAAACUAAGAAUUCACUCUUGAUUUUAUUUCUUAUUGUACAGUAUUAUACGAUUAUAUAUUUUCCGGAAAUCAAUUCCCCUAGGAUCCCAAUUUAUUUUA